AUGAGUCCUUCUGCAGUGGUGACAGAGGGUCAGAGAGUCACACUGACCUGCAGUACCAGCUGUCCUCUGACUGACAACACAAACUACAUUUGGUACUUGAACAGUCGACCUCUGACCCCGAGAGAGAACCAGAACAAACAUCUGAUCCUAGACCCAGUCAGCAGGGAGGAUGCAGGAAGCUACUCCUGUGCUGUGAAAAGCAACAAAGACAUCAGCUCUGCUCCAAAGACUCUCACUGUCCAAAGUGUGGGGGCCUAUUUCACCCUACCAUGCUCCCUGCUGGUGGCUGGUGCCCCACCCGCCAGCUGCUGCUUGGUGUGGCCUGGUCCCCCUGGCUGUGUCCAGGGCCUGCUGGGGUGGGGGCCCAAGGGGGAUGCCAUACCCUGCAUUUACGGACUUCCUAAAAUCCACAAGGAAGCUGUCCCACCCAGACCCAUAGUCAGUAGCAUAAACUCAGCCACUUAUAACAUUGCUAAACACCUUGCUACCAUCCUUGCACCUCUCGUGGGGAACACCCCACACCACAUCAAGAACUCCACCGACUUCACCGACAAGGUCCAGAAACUUACCCUGGAUCCAGAUGAAACCAUGCUGAGAGUGAAGAUGAGUCCUUCUGCAGUGGUGACAGAGGGUCAGAGAGUCACACUGACCUGCAGUACCAGCUGUCCUCUGACUGACAACACAAACUACAUUUGGUACUUCAACAGUCGACCUCUGACCCCGAGAGAGAACCAGAACAAACAUCUGAUCCUAGACCCAGUCAGCAGGGAGGAUGCAGGAAGCUACUCCUGUGCUGUGAAAACCAACAAAGAGAUCAGCUCUGCUCCAAAGACUCUCACUGUCCAAAGUAUCACAGGAACAUGGACACCAGCAGCUGCAGGAGUUUCUGCUGCUCUGCUGGUUCUAAUACUUCUCACUGUCUGCUGGUGUGUUAGGAAAAAGAGAACUUCUGCUCAGCCUCCAACAACAACAAGUUCUGACCACAUUGAACAGGUCAGCCCUGGUCCUGUGUAUGAAAACAUCUCAACACAACUGAAGCAGGAGGAUGAAGUCCACUACAGCAGAGUGCACUUCAGAAACAAACACGUGGUACCUCUUUAUUCCACCUUACAGUCAGUUCAGCCCUGA